AUGGCGAACGGUGGAGCUGGGGUUCGUACAAUGUGGAGGGUCCCUGCCAAAUCAGUCGAGCCUAAGUUGGGCGGGGAGGUCGAAGACCGAGUGAAGAAUGCGAGGGAAUGGAGGGAAGAGAAAGGGGUGAGAUGGGAUGAGCUGGUCCUGCCUUCAACAUUGUUCGCCCUGAAAUUGGGACCGCAACCGUUGGGGAAGGACCCAGCAAGGAAGGAGCUAGAGAUGCAGAGGAAGGUGGAGGAGAAAAGGAGAUUCCCGAAGCCUUUGGGUGAUAAGAACCUGAGUGAGUUUGCCCCAUUGCGACAACCCAUAGACCCCUUGAAGGAAAGGGGCAGACGAGAGGUGAAGGUGGGACUGAAGAGGUCGAAGAAGAUAAGGGUUGCCACUGAGGGGGCUACAGAUGCACUCGGUUCGAAGAAGAUGAGGGUUGGUGAGGUGGACACCCCCAUAACAGAGAAGGCAGAGAAGAGGGGAGUGGGGGCUACUCCAGAAGGGGUGGUUAUCCUAGAGGAGCAGUGGGACAAAGGUCAAGGGGCCCAAGAGGAAGAAGAGCACAUGAGUGCCAUGGGCCCCAAGAUGCAAGUGGAAAGUGGGUCAACUAGCCCUGAGGAUGGGGUGGAACGGCAGCCCAAGGGGGAUCCUGCGCCCCAAGGAGAAAGGGUCAAGCUGAAGACUGCCAUCUACCAUGCUCCAGCAGUGUUUGGGCGACUGGAGGGAGAAGGAGGCCCAGCCAGGACAGCUAUAGAGGCGACGACCUUAGCAGGAGCCUUACUGAGGAAAGCGGCGUACGCAAAGGGCGAAACUGAGCCAUUGAAGGCGAAGUUGGAGGAGGUGAAGGCCCAGCUUGAAAAUUUGAGGAUGGAGACUGCAGGGUGGAGGAAGAGCGCGCGGAUUGCAUCUGUUAGGGAGCUGGAAGAGGCCCAGAAGGCGAAGAAAAUGGAGGUGUUGGCGACGGUGCAGAGGAAUGUUGCUGACCGUGCCCAUGCUAAGCUGCUCGCGACCAAGUUAAAGUUGGAGACGGAACGCCGCAAGUCGAUCAAAGAAAAGGAAGAAGCAGAUUUGAAGAUCGUUGGGUUGGAGAAAGGUCUGGCAGACGAGCGCGCCAAGGCAGCGGCAGAGAAGACGGGGCUGGAGAAGGCCUUGGAGGAAGAGAGGGCGAAACUGGCAUCUGAGAGAGUGGUGUACCCUGACCUAUGUGUUGCAGCGGUUAAGCAGUUCCAGGGGUCCGCCGACUUCCAAAUGGCCAUUAAAGCCGCAAUCGCCAGCAACUUGGCAAGAGAGGGGUCGGGGGGGGCUGACCCGUCUGGAGCGACCGCUGGGAGCAGGAGUAAAGAAGAAGUGAUCCGAAGCUUCUAA